GUUUCCACAACACUGAAAAUUCCUUAUAAGCGCUAGCUCCCUUGAUGUUCUCUUCCAACUUCACCUAUACUUGUGACUUUGAUCCCUUGAAUGUCUCCCGCUGCUGAUAUAGAUACUCAUACUGGAGGCGCAAACUACGACAAACCUGCUGAAACAGCGAUUGGCAAGUCCUCCACAACGUCAGACAGUAGUCUGCGUGCGAAGGGUACUACUCUACGACGCUUCAAGAAGGAGGAUGGCGUGAUCUACCACAUUCCGUCAAGCCCAGACCUAGCAAGCCUUUUCGCAUUAGACGAGAGCAAACCCAUCUUGGUUAUCCCCCCUACUCUCAACAGGAAGUCGUCUUCCCCGUCGAUUGCCAUAAUCCGUCCCCUCCGAGCCGUUCGUCGACUCCUACGCAGGUCAGAGACAGUGGCUUCUCCCAAGACAACUUGUGCGCAUGCAGUCAAGAGCUCCACACCAUCUGCGGCCAAGUCACCUUCAAAAAAUUCAGGCGCUCACAGACUCCAACGAUCAGCAUCUUCGAAUGGUCCUAAAACGGACAUCGCAAGCAUUACUUCACGCGUUCUCCAGCAUCUCGCUAUCCCUCAAGUUCCCUUUGAUAUCGACGGUGUUGGAAGGCCAAAGCCCAUUUCACAAACUACGGUCGACGAUACGCCGGGGAAAUAUGCCUUAGAAGACCUCAACUUAAACGUUCGUUGCUACGAACGCCACGUCACGACAUGGGACGCCCCCGACUACGCGUUCUUCAUCUUCCCAGCGAAACUGAUAAUUGCAUAUCCCUCCACAAAUAAUUUCGACCCUCUGGUUAUUUCGGACGUCACGAUCGUCGAUCUCGUCUGCACUACGGUCGCGAUAAAUGGCCACUACAAGUCCCACCCACAAAUUGCGCUCAAGACGUUUUAUGAUGGCGCAACGAUACGCUACGUGAACCAUGCGCCUACCCCCGAUUUGUCUCGAGGCAUUCAUAUUGGAAAUGUUCCUUGGUGUUCUACCAUGGACCGGGCUGGUAAUUUCGGCUGGCACUUGCGCUUCUGGAUCCCAAUCCCGUUCGUACUUUUUCAACGAGCGGAGACGAGGACUUUCAAGAUAGAUGCCAAGGUACGCGUCAAUGGAGAAGAUGGUAAAGAAGUGGUUUUAAACGCUUCGAGUUAUUUUACGUUGUCGAGGUUGCGGAGUGGCUUGGCGAUGUAAAUGUAAAAUCAUACGAAUGUCACCUUGUGCAAGUAUAUACUGAUACCCAUAAAAAUUGAUACUGGACUCUUGGCAAGUGA